AUGUCCGACCCUGACGGUCUUUUUGAUGAGGUCAAAAACGGAGUCACCGACUACCUACGUUUGCCACGCAACACCAGAAAGGAGGAUCAAGGGACCUGUAAUACAGUUCUAGGUAUCCAGAUGGAUUAUAUUGCAAUGGAAGCUUGCCUGCCGCCAGAAAAGUUGUGCCGCGCCACAUUGGACGCCGCAGCUGCGCUCAGCGCAUCGAGUCUUUCCCUCAAACAAUACAGUGUCUCACAGGCUUAUUAG